AUGCUGGAUUUAGAAAGCAAGAUCUUGGAACAGAUUGAGUUUCUAGACACCAAAAGCAAUGGGGGGAUUCACAACCUCCUGGCCUAUGUGAAGCACCUGAAAGGCCAACAUGAGCAGGCCUUGCAGACCCUGAGAGAAGCUGAAGACUUGAUCCAGAGGGAGCACGCAGACCAGGCAGACAAGAGAAGCCUGGUGACCUGGGGCAACUAUGCCUGGGUGUAUCACCACAUGGGCAGAUGGGCAGAAGCCCAGGUUUACCUGGACAAGGUGGAGAACACUUGCAAGAAGUUGGCAAGUCCCUCCCGCUACAGGCUGGAGUCUCCUGAGAUGGACUGUGAGGAAGGAUGGGCCUUGCUGAAGUGUGGAGGACAGUAUUACAAGCGGGCCAAGGUCUGCUUUGAGAAGGCUCUGGCAGUGGAGCCUGAAAACCCUGAAUUCAGCCUGGGGUUCGCCAUCACCACCUUUCGUUUGAAUCACUAUAAUAGAAAUGUAAUUUCUCUAGACCCCCUAAGGAAGGCUGUCAGGCUCAACCCAGAAGAUACAUACAUUAAGGUUCUCCUUGCCCUGAAGCUCCAAGAUAUAGGACAGGAAGCUGAGGGAGAACACUACAUUGAGGAAGCUCUGAACAACAUGUCCUCCCAGACCUAUGUCUUUCAAUAUGCAAGCAAAUUUUACCGCAAAAAAGGCUGUGUGGAUAGAGCUAUUCAGCUCCUUCAGAAGGCCUUGGAGGCAAGACCAAAUUGUGCCUAUCUGCAUUAUCAGAUAGGGCUAUGCUACAGGGCAAAACUGUUUCAAGUGAAGAAAGCUACAAAUAUGAACCCUAGAAGGAAAGAAAGAGAAAAUGUGGACACAUUGGUUCAACAAGCUAUAAAUGAAUUUCAAGAGACUCUAAGACGCAGGUCAACAUUAGAGAUGGCUUAUGUUUACCUGGCUGAAAUGUAUGCAGAAAUAGGCCAGUACAGAGAGGCAGAGGAGAAUUUUCAGAAAGCAUUAUGCAUGGACAACAUUGCUGACCACAUACAGCAAGACAUUCAUUACCGCUAUGGCCGUUUCCAACAAUUUCACAUGAGAUCUGAAGACAAAGCCAUCACCCAUUAUUUAAAAGGUCUAAAGAUAGAAGAAAUGUCCUUUGCCAGGGAAAGACUUAUAAGUGCCUUAGAAAAACUGGCCAAUAGUCGUGUUUGCCGGAAUAUAUGUGUUGUGGAGAGUGUCAGCCUCCUGGGGCUCAGCCACAAAUUGAAAGGGGGAAGUGAAGGAGGCCCUGCUGUGCUAUGA